CUUGACUGAAACGCGCUGGAGCGCGUGCCGGAGUUUGGUGCGUAAUGGACACCCAUCCAUCCUUUCUACUCUUGCCUUCUCCUCAUUGUUCUCCGUGUUCCUGGCAUGCUGGGCUGUCUCCAGAGUCCAGAGAGAGGAGGAGACAAAGCCAGAGAUGACAAUAAAUCGUCUGAGUCACCAUCUGAGGGAGAGACAGAGACAGAGGGAGUGAGAACGAGUUCGUGUCCUUUACGCAUGUUAUGAACACUUUCAGAGACGCUUGUCGUGCGUCCUGGCGCAUCCAGUGAUCAGAGGUUUCCAAAGUACAGCGGGAUAGUAAAUGACUGUACUUCAGUUUACCCGCGUUUGGAAUUAAAUGUGGCAGCUUCCCUGUAGUUUUGGAGCAGGUGCUUUUUCCCGGUAACCGUUUGUCUCUCGGUGCAUCACUGACAGAAAUGUCGGGUCAGAAACCAUCAUUGAGGAGCGACGACUCCGCGCAGAGCCGCUUUCAAGUGGAUGUGGUAAUGGAGGCAUCAUCUGCAGCGCCCGGUCCGGCUCCCCCUUCUGCUCCGGCAUCCACUGAUGGAUCCAGACCUCCCGAGGAGUCCAAAGGCCGGUUCAGGGUGGUGGGCUUCAUAGAUCCGGGCGCGAUGGACAUUGGACUCCCACCUGAUGUCUCCCAUGAGCCGGACACAGCAAAAAGCGACUCAGUCAGCCUCCAUUCAACUGGCACGGGGCACACUCACAUCUCUGACUCCCACUCCAACACCUACUACAUGAGGACCUUCGGACACAACACUAUAGACGCCGUGCCUAACAUCGACUUCUAUCGGCAGACAGCUGCGCCAUUUGGGGAGAAGUUGACCAGACCGUCGCUGUCGGAGCUACACGACGAACUCGAUAAAGAGCCCUUUGAGGAUGGUCUGGCUAAUGGAGAAGAACCAUCAGCAGCUGAGGAAGCGGCGGCACUGGCAGCGAAGGAGGCCAAAGGAGGAACUGUCAAAUUUGGUUGGGUUAAAGGAGUCCUGAUCCGCUGCAUGCUGAAUAUCUGGGGUGUGAUGCUCUUCAUCAGAAUGUCCUGGAUUGUGGGACAGGCUGGAAUAGGACUGACCAUUGCUAUCAUCUUGAUGGCCACUGUGGUCACCACCAUCACUGGACUGUCUACAUCUGCUAUAGCGACCAACGGCUUUGUACGAGGAGGAGGAGCAUACUAUCUGAUCUCCAGAAGUCUGGGGCCUGAAUUUGGAGGCUCUAUCGGUCUUAUCUUCGCCUUCGCCAAUGCCGUAGCUGUGGCCAUGUAUGUCGUAGGCUUUGCAGAGACGGUCGUUGAGUUGCUCAAUGACGUUGAUGCCUUGAUGACUGAUGAGCUCAAUGACAUUCGGAUUGUUGGGACUUUGACCAUCAUCUUGUUGUUGGGAAUCUCUGUAGCUGGGAUGGAGUGGGAAGCCAAGGCUCAGAUUGUCCUCCUGGUGAUUCUGCUGGCAGCCAUUGUUAACUUCUUCUUUGGAUCCUUCAUGCCAUCAGAAAGCAAAGAGCCUAAAGGAUUUUUCGGAUACCACACUGCCAUCCUUUUAGAGAACUUUGGUCCAGAAUUCAGAGACGGGGAGACGUUUUUCUCCGUAUUUGCCAUUUUCUUCCCUGCAGCUACUGGAAUUCUGGCUGGAGCCAACAUCUCUGGAGACCUAACCGAUCCUCAGUCUGCAAUCCCUAAAGGCACUCUGUUGGCAAUCCUCAUCACAGGGCUUACCUAUGUCGCUGUCGCCAUCUCUGCAGGCUCCUGUAUUGUGAGAGAUGCAACUGGUGACCAGAAUGACACAGUGAGCCCCACAGUGAACUGCACCGAUGCUGCCUGCACACUCGGCUAUGAUUUUUCCAUCUGUAAGGAGGGAGGCUGUCCGUUUGGCUUGAUGAAUGACUUCCAGGUUAUGAGUCUGGUGUCGGCCUUCGGUCCUCUGAUCACCGCAGGGAUUUUCUCAGCCACUCUGUCGUCAGCUCUGGCCUCGCUCGUCAGUGCACCCAAAGUCUUCCAGGCUCUCUGUAAGGACAACAUCUAUCCUGGACUUGGUAUGUUUGCAAAGGGUUAUGGAAGGAACAAUGAGCCACUCCGUGGUUACGUUCUGACCUUCUGCAUCGGUCUUGCCUUCAUCCUGAUUGCGGAUUUGAACAUCAUUGCUCCAAUCAUCUCCAACUUCUUCCUGGCCUCAUAUGCUCUCAUCAACUUCUCAGUUUUCCAUGCCUCCCUGGCCAGCUCUCCAGGGUGGCGCCCCAGCUUCAAAUACUACAACAUGUGGGUAUCUCUUGCGGGGGCGAUCCUGUGCUGCGUGGUGAUGUUUGUCAUUAACUGGUGGGCGGCCCUCGUUACGCUGCUCAUUGUCCUCGCGCUCUACAUCUACGUCAGUUACAAGAAACCCGAUGUGAACUGGGGUUCAUCCACUCAGGCUCUGAUCUACAACCAGGCUCUGACUCACUGCCUGAACCUCACUGGAGUCGAGGACCACGUUAAAAACUUCAGGCCGCAGUGUUUGGUGUUGGCGGGUUAUCCAAACGCUCGUCCGGCUCUGCUUCAGUUGGUGAAUUCUUUCACCAAGAACGUCAGCCUCAUGGUCUGCAGUCACGUCAGAACUGUGUCCCGUCGGUCGAACUUUAGGGAGCUGUAUCAGGAUUAUGCCCGCUGUCAGCGCUACCUCAACAAAAAACGCAUCAAGGCUUUUUAUGCUCCUGUUUUUUCAGACAACUUGAGGCACGGAGCUCAGUUACUCCUGCAGGCUGUUGGUUUAGGUCGUCUGAAACCCAACACACUGGUCAUGGGUUUCAAGAACAACUGGAGUGAUGGAAACAUGAGAGAUGUGGAGAAUUACAUCAACACUAUACAUGAUGCCUUCGACCUUCUGUUUGGUGUGGUAAUCCUGCGGCUGCAGGAGGGACUUGAUAUUUCUCACAUCCAGGGACAAGACGAACUGCUGUCAUCCCAUGAGAAGCCUCCAGUCAUCACUAAGGAUGUGUUGAUUUCUGUCGUUCCGGCUAAAGACUCCGAUUCUGACUCCUGUCCUUCAAAAACCACCAGCAACCAGAGCAGCCCGCUCAUCACGAGAGAGACCAAGUCUCCUCUGAGCCUGACCGACCAGCGUCUGUUGGAGAGCAGCCAGCAGUUUAAGAAGAAACAGGGCAAAGGAACCAUUGAUGUGUGGUGGCUCUUUGAUGAUGGAGGCCUGACUCUGCUGAUUCCCUACUUGCUGACCAACAGGAGUAAGUGGGGCGACUGCAGGAUCCGCGUGUUCAUCGGCGGAAAGAUCAACCGCAUCGACCACGACCGCCGAGCGAUGGCCACACUGCUCAGCAGGUUCAGAAUCGACUUCUCUGACAUAAACGUCCUCGGUGACAUCAACACCAAACCCAAGAAACACAAUAAGCUGACCUUUAAGGAGCUGAUCGAGCCGUACAGGCUGAAGGAAGACGACAUGGAGCAGGAGGCUGCUGAGAGGCUGAAGGCCCAGGAGCCCUGGAGGAUCACUGACAACGAACUGGAGCUGUACAAGGCCAAGACCAAUCGUCAGAUCAGGCUGAACGAGCUGCUGAAGGAACACUCCAGCACUGCCAAACUCAUCGUCAUGAGCAUGCCUUUGGCAAGAAAGGGCACAGUGUCGAGCGCCCUCUACAUGUGCUGGCUGGAAACUCUGUCCAAAGGCCUCCCACCACUGCUGCUGGUGCGAGGAAACCACCAGAGCGUCCUCACCUUUUACUCCUAACGCACACAGACACACACACACACACACACACACAGAGUCAUAUACCUACUCUGCUCACGCACAAACAUACAGUGUGUUUUGCUCUCCAUAUUUAUUACAGUAUGAGAAAGCCUCCAUCUGCACCAAAACAGAAACGUCGUGAUGGUUUAAGCUUGUGAAACUGUUCAGCUGUGAAGGAAAAAAUGAUUAGACUAAUUUUUUUUUUCCAUUUGUCUUAAAUCGAUUGUUUUUAACAUGUUAAUUAAACCCGGUCAACAUUUAGAUUUGACACUAACACUAACAGGUUGCUUGUUCCGUUUCCUCUGUGAGUUUUAUGUGAAUGAGAGUAACUACAGGUAAAUUCGAGUAAAAGUUUAUUUAUAAGGAUAAAAGUUUGGAUUUGAGAAUGUAAGUUUCUGUGAUUAUAAAAUGACGUUUGUAUGUUUUUUUUCCCCACUGUGUUCACAAAGGGAGAGGCUCCGUCUUUGUUAACUUUAUUUUGUACUUUAUUUUAAUAAAGGAUUAACUAAAACAUAUGCUUUA